AUGUGGACGACCACCUCCGGCUUGCGGGGCCGUAAGCUCCGUCUGGCCAUCACCUUCACCUCCGUCAUCGGUUUCUCGCUCUUCGGUUAUGAUCAGGGUCUCAUGUCUGGUAUCAUCUCCGGUGACCAGUUCACCCAGGAGUUCCCCCCGCUCGCUAUUCCCAGCGAUGCCUCUGCCUCCUACUCGGCUCACGUCUCCGUCCUGCGUGGUGCCGUCACCGCCUGCUACGAACUGGGUUGUUUCUUCGGUGCCAUCUUCACCCUCGUCUUCGGUGAGCGCAUCGGUCGUACGCCUCUCCUCGUCGCCGGUGGUCUCAUCAUGAUCCUGGGUACCGUCAUCUCCACCGCCGCCUUUGGCCCUCACUGGGGUCUGGGUCAGUUCGUCGUCGGUCGUGUCAUCUCCGGUUUGGGUAACGGUAUGGACACCGCGACUAUCCCCGUCUGGCAGUCCGAGUGUUCGCGCGCCCACAACCGUGGAUUCCUCGUCUGCUUCGAGGGUGCCAUCAUCGCCGUCGGUACCUUUGUCGCCUACUGGAUCGACUUUGGUCUCUCCUACGUCGACAGCUCGGUGCAGUGGCGCUUCCCCGUCGCCUUCCAGAUUGUCUUUGCUAUCUUUGUCACCAUGGGUGCACUUAUGCUCCCCGAGUCCCCCCGUUGGUUUGUUAUGAAGGGUCGCGAUGAGGAGGCCCGCCAGGUGCUGGCCGCGCUCAACGACGCCCCCAUUGACUCCGACUCGGUGCUCACCGACUUCAACCUCAUGAAGGCCGAUCUCAAGGCCUCCCAGGGCGCCCAGGCCGACUGGAAGACCCUCUUCACGUUCGGCAAGACCCAGGAGUUCCAGCGUAUGAUGAUCGGUUGCUCCGGCCAGUUCUUCCAGCAGUUCACUGGUUGCAACGCUGCUAUCUACUACUCCACCCUCCUGUUCGAGCAGAACCUGAACAUGAAGCACCGUCUCUCCCUCAUUCUGGGCGGUGUCUUCGCCACUGUCUACGCCCUCGCGACCAUCCCCUCGUUCUUCAUGAUCGAGAAGGUCGGUCGGCGCAAGCUGUUCCUCAUCGGUUUCAUGGGCCAGGGUCUGUCCUUCAUCAUCACCAUGGGCUGUCUGAUCAAGCCCACGGAGGAGAACUCCAAGGGUGCCAUUGUGGGUAUCUUCCUGUUCAUCGUCUUCUUCGCCUUUACCACGCUCCCCCUCCCCUGGAUCUACCCGCCCGAGAUCAACCCUCUCCGUACGCGUACCAUGGCCGCCGCGGCGUCCACCUGCACCAACUGGAUCUGCAACUUCGCCGUCGUCAUGUUCACUCCCGUCUUCUCCGACACCAGCGGCUGGGGUAUCUACCUGUUCUUCGCGCUGGUCAACUUCGUCGCCGUGCCGUUCGCCUGGUUCUUCUACGCCGAGACCGCUGGCCGCGACCUCGAGGAGAUCGACAUCAUCUUCGCCAAGGCCCACGUCGACCGCAAGUGGCCCUACCAGAUCGCCAACGAGCUGCCCAAGCUCACCGUCGACCAGAUCGCGGAGAUGUCCGCCGAUCUGGGCCUGGAUGUGUCGGCCCAGUCCACCACCGCCGAUGCGGAGAAGGUGGAGCUCGCCCUCAGCAGCGGCGACAGCCAGGAGAAGCAGAUGGCUUCUUAA